AUGAGUCGAAACGCGAGUAUCUCUCUCCACGAGAGGCCGCGCCCUGGUGUCGAAGGGCAGGAGGCCCGCGACACCGAACAGGAUGCAGGCAACCUCGAUACAGUUGAGUCGAGACAAUGGGACUCGAAGAGGAAGAGGAUAUAUAUCCUCGUCGGCGCCUCUAUCUCCCAAUUACCGAUCUGGGGGUUCGCGAUGAGUUAUGGUGUCUUCCAAGAAUACUACUACGACAACUGGACGCUGCAAGGGGGUCGCGACGUCACUGGUAUUAUCGGUACCACGUCCAAUGGUGUCAUGUACCUGUCCAUGCCGUUCCUAUUCGCGCUAUUCACCAAGCGAUGGGCUCGCAGACGUCAGGCCGCGGCUCUGUGCGGCGCUGCCAUCAUCUGUGUCAGCUUCAUCCUCUCGUCUUUCAGCACCCACAUAUGGCAUCUCGUGGCAACACAAGGUGUCCUAGCAGCGUUAGGAUGCGCGCUCAUGUUCAGUCCCUUGACGCUCUCCCUCGGCGAAUGGUACAAUACCAGCAACAGGGCUGUGGCAUACGGGGUGACUCUAUCCUGCAAGAACAUCGUGGGUUCGGCCUGCCCAUUCCUGUUGCGAGUUCUCCUCGACCGCUAUGGAUUUCGUGUAGCUCUGAGAGUGUGGUCGGCCAUUGCGGCGGGAACCAGCCUUCUUGCAAUCUUGCUGGUGCCGACUCCACCUUCGAGCCUGCCCGCGAGUACGCCUCGGAGACGGAGGAUCGCCUGGCAGUUCCUCAGACACAAGACCUUCUACAUCUACGCCGUCGCAAUCAUCCUCCAGAGCGCAGCAUACGGCAUACCUCAGACAUACCUCAGCACAUAUGCCCGCGAGGUCACCCUGCUAUCCCAGACCUCCGCCACUCUACUGCUGACCAUAUUCAACAUCCCCGGCAUCGUCGGCUCGUACCUUUUUGGCUAUCUGAGCGACAACAAGCACUGGACCCUGUCGGCUACGACCAUGACUGCCAUAUCAGCUAUCAGCUCCGGCCUGGCGGCUUUCCUGUUCUGGGGCCUGACGUCGAGAGGUAGCAUGGGGCUCCUAGUGCUAUUCUCACUUACCUACGGCUUCUUCGCCGGCAGCUAUAGUGCGACCUGGGGAGGCGUCAUCAACGAGAUGGAGCGUGAAGCCGCGCAGAUGAAUGAGGCCAUCGACACGGGGAUGCUGUAUGGCCUGCUGAACGGGGCCAGGGGCAUUGGGUAUGUGAGUGGCGGACUUGCGAGCGUACCGUUACUGAAGGCCGGAAGCAUGGCAUCGCUUGGACAAUUCGGUUACGGAUCGUCGUAUGGACCUCUCAUCGUGUUCACGGGGCUGGGUACGAUGUUUGGCGGCUGGGGAUUGGUGUGGGGAUUGAAAUGGGAGAAGUUGCUGCAUUUGUUCUGA